AUGGACACUCCAGCUUUCAUCAAGGCGAGGGAGUUCCUGAGGACCUAUGCAGUGCAGGUCGCUAGGGGGCUCGCUUACAUCCACGGCAACGGCCUGGUGCACCGGGAUCUCAAACUAGACAACAUUCUGAUGAAGAGAGGGGCCGUGAAGAUUGCUGACCUGGGCCUGGCCAAACCAAUGGAGGUCAUCGCCGGGACCUCCCGUGCAGGAGCCCUGAUGUACGCCGCUCCGGAGAAGCUGAGGGGAGAAGUCUACAACUGUAAGGCAGAUAUCUACAGCUUUGGACUAUUGCUGUGGGAGAUGUGGUACGGAAUCUACGCCUUCCAGAACUUUGACUCCGCCGAUGACUUCACCUUCGUGGAAAAGAUCAAAGAUGGCGUCCGCCCUGAUGUGACCGGUCGCACGGCGCCCUCCGGUCUGUGGGCAGCUAUGAUGGAGGAAUGCUGGCACGGCGACCCGAACAAAAGACCAGCCGCCCACACCAUAUCCGAAAGGCUUCAGGACUUGAGAUAACUUUGUAUGAGCUCAGGUCCAAACAAUUCCAAUGUAGAACUUCUGGGUAUUGGACAACCACAUUACAUCAAAGUGUCGUCAAUAUACUUCUGGAUGUAUACACAUGUUUUUUUUUAAUUGUAAUUUGUUUGGAUUAUAUAUGUAUGUUUAUUGCUGUCCAUUUUUAAAUUGUAAGACAUACUGCAAUACAGCCGAAGUGGUGUACCAUUGUACAUCUAUGUUAAUGUACAUGUAUGUCGCUCAAUGACGUAAAUAAGCCAUACCAGAGACAUAGACUGAUCAAAGUAUAUCAAACAUCCUAUCAAUUGUCUGCCUAUGCCUAUCAAUAGUACCCCAAUAAGACUGACAUUGACAGUAGUUUCGGAACAUCAUGUCAGUAGGCUCGACCAUGACCAAAAUAGACACAUAUAUGUAUAUCAUAACGAACAGUAAAUACUGCUGUCUAUUUGCAUUUCAGUCUUAUAAGUAUAGUACUAUUAAUAAAAAUUAACAGUAUCAUAAAAUACUAUUAUCAAUCAAGUAUUAUACAUGUUUUAUACAUUUCUCAAUAUCAAUCUAGGCAGUAAAAAUCACUCUACACUAAAUAGCAUGUAAGAUGGAUGACUAUGGUCGUAUAGUGCCUUACUGACUGAUAUUUUACGAAUAUCCUUUAAAGACAUGGUCAACUAUUGUCAACUUAUACACCCGGAGCUGACGAUAAAACAAUACAGCCGCCUGUGUGCUACGUAAAAGUAGAGGGCCAGAGGGCUU